CUUUCCUUCUUUCUCCUCCUUCUCUCAAUUUCUCUCCUUUAUAAACGACCGUCUCCCCCCUUUUCCUCUUUCUCUCAUCGUUUCUUUCCUUUUUCUCUUGCGCGAUUGACGCGCAUCUCUCCCUUCAAUAUGGAUAUGAACCAUCUUAUAGGUCAGCGGUUCAACCUGAUCUCCAAGAGUGACAUUCGCUAUGUGGGCACUUUACAUGAGAUCAACCCUGAAGCCUCCACAAUAGCUCUCGAGAAUGUCGUAUCCUUCGGUACCGAGGGCCGGCGAGGCAACCCCACAGAUGAGCUUCCACCUGCCCCAAAUAUCUAUGAAUACAUCGUGUUCCGUGGCAGCGAUGUAAAGGACAUCAGUGUAGCCGAGGACAAGAAGGAAGAUGCAGCCCAAGAGCCUCCACAGGUACCAGAUGAUCCGGCCAUUCUAGGGAGCAUGUCUCGUCCAGGACCCGCCCCUCAAGGACUUCCUCCCCAAUCCCAGACGCCACAACAAUCUCAGAUGUCCCGUCCGCCGCCACCUCCUGGAUACCCGCAACCACAAUUCCAGGGAGGCUUCUACCCUCCUCCCUAUGGACAACGCUUUGGAGGACCUGGUUUCCCGCCUGGCCCAGGGUUUCCUAAUGUGCCUUAUGGAGCUCCUCCAGGAUGGUUCCCUCCUCCCGGACAAGGGUUCCCCCAGCCUGGUCAAUUUCCUCCCCAGAUGCCAAUGGGUCCUGGCGGCCAGCAUCAGACCCCCCCUCCGCCGCGGCCCAUGCCCGGUGCGGGUCCUAUGAACAUGCCUAAUAACACAUCCGAACUGCCCUCUGAUAAGCCCUCCAGUAAGCCUGGUAGCCGUAAUGGCACGCCUGCACCUAGUAAUGCAGCCCAAAAUGCCCCCACUCCGCCCGUUGAGUCUAAGCCACCUGUUUCGGAGGCUCUUCAGGCGGCUACGGGUCCUACUCAAGUCACGGCUGGAACUGCUAAGGCGCCCCCCACUGGACCCAGAAGUGGACGUGUGCAGCCUGCCAUACCCAUUGCCGCCCCCGGUAAGCCGCCAGUUCCUCAGGUUCCUGGCCCCGCUGGUGUCCCACAAGGCCAGGCUCAGGCAGCGAUCACUGAAGCGACUCGUGCUGCUACUGCUGCUGUAGCAGCUGCCAUGGCUAAAUUGCCCCAACCCGGUGCUCAGAAGAAGCCCGGCGAUGCCUCCGUGGAAGGUGUCACGAAGCAAAUGGCUGAAAUGAAGCCUUAUGAGCAUCGUGCACCCCGGGGUGGUCAUCACCCUCGUGGCGGCCGUGGUGGUGGUCACCGCGGCCAGCACCAGGGCAAGAAGAUCGAAGUUCCGGAAACGGACUACGACUUCGAGACUGCCAAUGCCAAGUUCAACAAGCAGGACUUGGUCAAGGAAGCUAUUGCCACCGGCUCUCCUGUUCAUGAGGUCGAGCCUCAAAUCCCCAAUGGCGAACCCGAACCCUCGGAUAGCUAUGCUGCGGCCUACAACAAGUCCAGCUCGUUCUUUGACAAUAUCUCGAGUGAAGCUCGGGAUCGUGAAGAAGGCACUGUUGCCCGUGCCGGUGGCCGCGAGUGGCGUGGUGAAGAAGAGAAGCGUAACAUUGAAACCUUCGGUCAAGGUAGCGUUGACGGCUAUCGUGGCGGUUACCGGGGUCGUGGCAGAGGCAGAGGGUAUGGCCGUGGUCGCGGUGGCGGCGGCGGCUAUGGUCGAGGCUACGGUGGCCGGGGCCGUGGUGGUAUGCGUGGAGGCCGUAAUAUGUCUCAGUCCACUGGCGUCCCUGCCCCGAACUAGUGUUGUCUUUGGCCAUCCUCGACCUGAUUCCGAUCUUCCGUCGUAUUUCUUGAAGCGCUUAGCGUUGAAUAUUUCCUUUCUUUUGCCUUUUCUGGAAGUGAUGCGUCCUUCCAUGGCUUGUUUCUGAUAUUACCCCGGCGUCUGAUGGUAUCUUCUCACGAAUGCUUGGCAUACAGUCAAGAUCUUCAUGUUUGGGAUGUUUUAUGGUUAUGGUGGGGAUUGGUGAAUAACCCGCUGGGAUGGUUUUUCGUUACGCGGCGUCGAAUUAUGGCGUUUUACAUAUGUUGCAUGGGUUGGUCAUGGCCUCCAUUGCAUUGAUCACAUAUCUUGAUGAUAAUCAUGUUUUGUCUUCCGGGCAUGGCAGCAUAGGUUGGCUUGUUUCCACUUGCCAUGUCUGCAUAUCAGAUUCAUGGAGGUUUCUGGUCCUUUUUCGAACACUCGGCGUCUGAAGGAGUGCUGCGAGUACGACUUGGGACUUUGAUUUCUCCUGUACCAUAAUCCAAGCGAUCCCAAGGAUCGGACAUGAAUGAAAACGAGAAAAACGGAGACCGUUUGGGUCUACCA